GUAACCCGAAAAUCACCGAGCUUUUCCGACAUUAAUGGGAAAGGCAAGCCAGUCGCGCAAUAAUGCGAGCCGAAAUGACUGUCGGCUUGGAUUUGGAAAGUUUAGAAAAUUUACGGAUUUAUAAUGGAUAUAGUGAUUUCAAGAGAGAAAGGAAGCUUUCAUUGGAACUGCCCUCGUCCCCAGAGGAAAAUGGAGGGGCCACGGAAAGCGAUACCAGUCAGUACGACAACGGAAUUGGAACGAGGCCAAAAACAAAAUUAAAGUGCGGUCGACCGAAUAACCCUAUUCCCCGGCACAAGCGGGAUUCACACAUCAAAGCUGAAUAUAAGCGCAGGGAUAAGAUUCAGAAGGGUUUUGACACCUUGUUGGCUACCGUCCCAUCCCUGAUUGAGUCAAGUUCUGGCAGAGAAAGUCGUUCGGUGAUGUUGUACAAAACCGCUGAAUACUGUCGACAGUUAAAAACUGAAUGUGGCGGAGCUCAGAAAGAAAUUGAGGUGCUGCGCCAAGAGCUUGAGACCCUUGGUACCGAGAUUCAGACUCUGCAAGACCAGUUGCCACAGCACGGGGUGAAGCGAGACAUUGACGUGAUGAAUGAUGUUACAAUGGACGCGCUCUAUGACCAGUACGUAACUGAGGAAACAAAGAAGAGCUGGAAGUUCUGGAUUUUUGGUUUCUUCAUGAGACCACUGUAUGACUCGUACAAACGAACUAUGGAGAAUAGAAAGACAAAACAGGAAGUGAACAGCAUCUUCCUUGAAUGGAUCCAGAAUACACUGUCCUUGAAAUCUCUGAGAAAAGGUUUCCUGGACUCUCUGCGCUACAUCAGCAAGCACACGACCAUCAUGACCAGUCCAGAGCAGCUGGAGCAAGAGGCCCAGUCAAACCUCCACCGUCACUUCCUGUGCGACAGGAGCAAGUUACCAUGGCCGGUUACCAUGGCAGCGUCUGAACCCGUGAGUCCCAGCGGGCCCCCAGCGACUCGGGCACCGACUCCGAAGCCAGGUCCAUCGCAGGGGUAUUCUUCAAGAGUAACAACUCCAGUCUCUGUGACACCAUACGGAGUCACGCCCCUGCAGACCCCUAACCCGACCCCUCCCCGCACCCCGGUCUCCAGCAGACGCAGCGUGAAGCGGGAAAAUGACAAGGUCAGAGAAAGUAGGUCAAGGUCAAAUUCUCCGGCCACAGAGGAGGCAAAGUCGAAGCGACGAUCAAGCUACAGGUCCCGUUCCGGCCGACGAACACCAUCGGAUUCUCAGAAGGACCAUGAAAACCCCAUGGAAUACAUGACAUCACCCCCAGUUAGCAGGGUCAUCAAUCCGUUCUCCAAUUACAUAGUGCAGACUGUGCAGUCUUCACAGCCAAUGGAGCGCAAGGACGGAGAAUACCUGGCAGGACAGUCUGGCACAAGCUUUUCUACACCUUUGCAGCAGCAGCAGCAGAACACCCUGAUGGAACAGCACGUGGAUUCAAACCAAGGUGACCUGCAAGGUGCGACUUCUGUCAACAACAAAAAUCUUGUUGACCAAUUUGUAGAAUCUCUGAUUUCAGCACUAGGGCCUCACUCAAACUUGCCAAAGUUUGACAAGCUCACCCAGCCCAGUUCAACCUCUAACUCUAGUCUGGUCAUACCAUCGGUCAUCACCAAACAAUCGCCAAUCACUCUGCAGGUUCAAGAUAACCACGCUACCCAUGUGCUCACCCAGCCAAAUAUGGUAAAUUUCCCUUUGGAGAUGCACAGCAGUUCCAAAACCAGUUCAGCAUUCGUGGCAGCAAACAAACUGGAGAACUUUUCUCACAAUACAGUUUCAUCAAUGUUCGAGGAACCAAACUCCUCAGAAUUUCACGCCGACAUCUUUCAGAAUUUCGUUUCCAUGGAAACAACAAGUUGCCAAAUGCAUAUGACGGACUCGCAUAUCAGCAUGCCAAGCUUUAAUGAUGACUUUGAGACAAGCAUGGUUGUAUCAGUGGGCAACAACCACUUUGGCGAUUCCAACUCGCAGUUUAGAACGCCUCUCCAGACGGCAAGCUUCACGUGUUGCACCACCCCCCUGUCUGUUGUCGCGGCAACCAGUGGAAGCGUGCCGUCUGCAGGGGUCAGUGGAGGGGUCAGUUCGGAUUUCUUGAUAGAGGAUGACAGUCUGAUGACCUUGCUAAAGGUCGACCUCCUCGACAUGAACUCAGUGAUGACCUUUUUCAAGAACGAUGAUAAUAAGUCAUGAUUUGGGCUCUCUACACAUCCCACAUGUUGUGUAGAGUAAUAAGGUGUGUGUUUCUUUUUGUUCUGGUUUACAGAUACUCGUAUGAUGUUAUAUAACAGUAUUCAUUUGUGUCUAUUUUUUCUUUUCUUUAUGGCAAAGAGCUUGCUUGAUAUUGGUAUAUAAUGUUAUCUUUAUGGCAAAGAGCUUCCUUGAUAUUGGUAUAUAAUGUUAUUAGCUUUAGUUUACAUGCUGGUUAAAAGUGUUUGAUUUUGUACUUUUUUUUUCUUGUGUAAGUAUUUUAUAUGAUGUUUUUUUUUAAAUCAAAGAACAAUUUCUACAUAUGACUCUGCAGCAACUUCAUGUUAAUUGUGUACUAAAAACACUCCAAAUAAAGCAAAGGUUGUCAUAAUUAUAAUUAUGGGGUUAUUAAGUGUCAAACUGUAAUAUCAAAACAUGGCUUGGACCUGGUAUUAUUUGUUAGGAUUUAAGAUUAAAUAAUUAAGCAAUUCAGCAUUAUUGUACUCCUAUAUUUCAAGUUCAGCCUCAUAUUAUCCCCCGAUUCCAUGAAAGACGCCUUGUAUUUUGCUUUGCUAAUGUAAGUGCACCACUAGCCGUAUCAAUUCUUUCUCUUAACGUCAUUUUUUGCUGUUGCCUUUGUCCAAAAAGGUUUAAUCCAAUCCUGAAGUCAUUGAGAAAAUCUAAUUGUUCAACUUUCAAGUUUGUUGUUAAGCAAGGGGGGGAAGGGGCUAUGCCAAAGAACAUGUUAAAAUUAUGAUUGAAACACAACCUUCAACAGUUUACUGAUCUUAUUGUUCUGUAUAGUACUGCUAAUAAACUAGAGCAUAUAUUUCACUGAAAAGAAAAAAACACGCUUUUUGCAAAAUUUCCUACGACAUACGCAAUAAUAUUGUGCAACUUAUACGAUUAAUUUAUUUGCUUGGUAGGUUUUCUUUUCCUAAAAACUAUGAGAUUGUAGGUAUUUUUUUAACAAAUGUUUCAGUAUUAUAACAGCAAUCUAAAUCCACCAUUAUUCAUUCAUGAUCUUACAUUUGACAUUUGCCCCACAAUAGUUGACCGCUUGGACACUGAUAACAUUUAUGUGUUGUUAUAUACCCAGAUUGUCUCAUGAAUACUUUGCAAAUAAAAGGUAGUCAAGAAUAGUAGAAAAGAGGUAGUGAAGUGACCAGCCCCAAGAAGUAUGGAAGUCAGUUGACCAGGCCCAAAUAGUAUGGUAGUCAGAGGACAAGGCCCAAGUAGUAUAUGGCUAGGGCUGUUAAUAAAAUUCAUGCAGAAUCAGGUACAACUUGACUUAAGUUUACCUUAAUAACUUAACUCUUUCAGUGCUGGAACCGAAUUUUGAAUGCCUUUGCAAACAGUAUGGAUCCAGAUGAGACGCCACAAAAUGUGGCGUCUCAUCAGGAUCCAAACUGUUUGCUAUUCUGAUAGUAUUCUUUGUAAAAAAUCGAAGAAAAUGCUAAUUUAAGAAAUUCAGCAGACGACAUUUUAGCAGACGACAAAUUUCCCAGCAUGAAAAGGGUUAACAACUUAAAUAUCAGAUUUCAUAAUGCAUGCUUGAAAUACAAAAUGGGGAAAUAUGGCCUUAAAAAGUAAAAAAAAAAACACCACAAGAAAAUAUGUACGAAUUUUCACAACUAAAAAUGUAAAUAAAAUCUUAAUUUUAGACUUCUGAGGGACUCACAUUAAUUCUUUAGAGCUUUGUAUAUGGGCCUCAUAUCUAUAAAUGGAUAUUGAUAAAAUCAUGUAGAAUGAUCUACAUUUAUCUAAGGUAACCAAGUACAAGGAGGAAUGCUUUAUUUGCCUUGAACAUGAUAUAAAGUUGAAGUGAACUUAUCUCGAUGCAAUAGCUAACUUAAAAUCUGGGUGCAUAUUUUUAACUGUCUGCUUAUGUUAGAAGAGACCACAAGUGAUUCAGCAGUGCAGUGUUGUAUCAGGGGAAUGCAUGCUGCACACAUUAAAAUACUGGCUUCCAAAAAUAUUUUAUCUAUGACUCUUUUGUGGGGAUUGAGAAAGAUAGGAUUUCCCUAACAGCUUAAGUGUGUUUUGUUUAUGGAUUGAGUUUAAGUGUCUUAAGAAAGAAGAUUAAUGUUUUCAAGUCAAAUAGGUGUUCUACCUACAGGAUUAAUUUUUUAGUCUCAAUUUUGUUGGAAGUCUUUCCUGGCAAAGUGUAAUACAUUUCUUUCAAAAUCUGCCUUCAAUUUGUUAUGAUAGCUGAUAUGAUAAACAAACCAAUAAUUGGGGUAAUGUAAAAGUCAAGUGCUCAUGUCUGUAUAAACUUAAGUUGACCUUACGAUAGAACAAUGAUGUGACCACCAUAUAAACCAAUCAAAUCUCUGCACUGAUAAUAGCCUGACAACCUGACCUGACAAAACCUGCAAGGGACAUUUUGUCCAUGUAACUAUCUUACAUGACAUAUAGAAAACGUACAGGAAAAGCGUUUGAUGUGUAUAUCUUCAAACGUUCACAUGUAUUAUGUUUAGGGGUUGUGGCAUUAAGCUUUUGAUAAGAAGUCAAAAUGUCUCACAGUCUGUCUUAAGUACAUUUUAUAGGAUCUCUAAUUGUGCAUUGACUAGCUCCACCCAUAAAACAGGGCUGCAGCAGUAAAUAGUGACAGAGUCUUUCAAACAGAGCCAAUAGCAUUACAGUAUUCUUCCAGAAUGAUACAUGUUUUCUUGUUUUAUGAAUUAAUCUUGUCAUUUUUACUAGCCUCUUUUUUCGAAGUUCAUUAUCUAUAGCCUCUUUUUGACAGUGUUAUUUCUGAUGAUUAUAUUUUUUUAAUUAGCCAAUAUAAUUAAAUAACAUUUGAUUUAUUGCACUGGUAACUCCAGCUUGUAUCAAGUGGCCUUAAAAAUCAGUCUUCCUGUCAUAAAGUGUGUAUUUGAAUAUUUUUAUCAGAUACUGUGAAUGAUUCAUAAUGAAAUGUAACAGUGAUCAGGGCCAUUAUUCACAAAACUUCAUUGAGGAAACGUAAAUUCCUUAAAUUUAUAAAAAGUCCCUGGGGAUUUCAUGUUUAAUUCCUUUAACAUUUACAUUUUUAAUAUUUAAAUAUGGCUAAAAUGAUAAAGGUUUGAUUCUUUUGUUAUCAGAAAAAAAUGGAGUUCUAAAAACAAAUUUGUUAACAAAUUGUCACUUAAGUUAAACUUGCGUUUAGAUUCCCCAUCGGAUCUUUGUGAAAACUGGCCCCUGAUUAACACAGUCCUGCAAGUCAUUAUAAACCAACCUAAUCAGAUUGUCAAUUUUGUAUUGACUGGCAUGCAACUAUUUUGGGCUGCCAAAAGAUGGUAUUACAAUUCAAAUUUGCUUGAACCAACUGCUUAUUUCAUGAACAUAUAGCAUGUCAAUAUCAUAACUCUAUGAUGACUAGAUAAUCCAUUCCCUAGCAUUAUACAUUUGUGUUGCUAAACAUGUUAGUUUUAGUUUUAUUGCCAUAGUAUUUUGAAUUAGGUGAUGAAACUGAUGUAUAAAUAUGUAUUUAACAGUGCUGGGACAAAUAUAGACUGCACUGACUUGUCUUUAUGUAUUGUGAUGACAUUUUUGUUUUGAACUGUACUUGCAAUACUUGCAAUGUGUGGGAGUUUGUGUUGUAGUUGCAAGCUGUCUCACUAAGAGCACAUUAAUUUGAAAAACAAUAUACACAUGAUUUUUCUUUCAUAUUUUGAAAAAUCAGUUUAAGGUGAUUACUAGUAAAAAUACCAGAAAAUGAUUAUUUGUGGAAAAUGUUGAUAAACUUAAUAACAUUUUGAAAAAAUUAGCAUUCUGCCUAAUAAAUCAUUUAUGGAAAUUUUUGUUUGAAAAAAGAAACAACUUAAGAAAAAAAAUUGUAAAGCUAUUAACCCUAAGGCAUUUUAGCAUUAUAUAAUCAAAAUGAGAAUCUUUGAUAAAUAAGCACCAACAAUUAAGUAUAAACAUCCAUUAAACCAAACUUCAAGUCCAACAAUAAAUUAGUAAAUUAAAAUGUACUUGUAAUGCAAUUUUAAUUUCAAGGUCAACACAAUUUUAACAGGAAAAUUCACAGUUAGCUUGACUAGUGAGAUUUCUUGUUGGGUCUCUUUUUCAUAACAAAUACAACAGGUAUGUAAAUGUCAGAAACAAGUACAACCAAACUUUACAAUCAGCCCUAUCUGGUUAGAAUAGCUAUUGAUGUCCGCUUGUCAUCUAUAACUGCUGGCCCAGCUUGUAAACUUGUCAAGUUAAGUUGACAUUUUGGUGUGACCUGUUUCAUAAGCCAGUGAGUUAUAAAACUUUAAAAUGUACACUUAGAUGUAUGAGCGUGCUUUCCUGAAGUCAUAAUCCACUGUAUGCGUGGGGAACCAUAACAUUUAUUUUUUGUUGUAUAGAUGAUCCGAUGAUCCGAAUGCUGAAUUACUCAAUGCAUAAUUGGUCCUCAUAUCUGCGUAGUUUAUAUUUAAAAAAUAUAAAUAAAAUAAUUAAAAAAAGGCAUAAAAAUAACCAAAAAAAAAAAAAAAAAAAGUGUGUAUUCGAAAAUGAACAAAAAAAUAAUAAAAAUAAAUAAAAUUAAAAAAAAAAAAUGUAUAAAGUGAGAAAUACGUAAAAAAAAAAAAGAAGAAAAAGGAAUGUACAUUUAUCCUUCGCCAUAACCUUAGUUUGUUUAAAAUGACUUCUUUUCAACAAAUUAUAGGAUUAAGCGGAAAUGUGUAGGAAAAUUCUAUUGCAAUAAUGAUGUGUACUGCUACAGUAAUUUCUUGGGAGUUUAAAAUGAACAAUGACUAUGAACUGAAUCCUGUUACAUUUAUUCAUUUGUAAGUAUACAUUGUAAUGUAAAAUAUGUACCAUAAAAGUAUUAUGAAUAUAGGCUCUUAUCUGACAUAUGUAACUGUCUCUUCUUAGAUGUACAUGUAUAAUCUAUGAGGAUAACACUUUUAACAAAACUUUUGUUAUUCAAAUAUCAUUAAAACUGUUCUUGCCAAAGGAUUUAUUUUAUAUUUGAGACUAUUUACAUGUUUAUUGCAGUCUAUAUUUGUAUCCAGCACUGUAUAAUACAUAAGUAUACAUUAAUCAGUAUGCAAAACAUGCAAAAUUGUUAAAUGAUAUUAAUAUUAUUUGGGUUGAAUUUCAAUUUGAAAAUCAACAACAAAAGAACUGCCUUUUUUUACAGAUUUGUUUUAAGUACAAUGUACACUUGACAGCAGCCAUGCAAGACUUGUUUACGCAGCAUCAACAUUUUGUGAAGCAUAUUUGUUAAUACUUUUUCUAAGUUAGACAAGAAUCAGUUUGCCAGCCUGUUAACAACAUAUUGAUUUGAAUAAAAUAUAAUUAAAUAAUUUAAUUAUUG